GACGCGUAUAUAUACCCUCCCAUGCGCUCUUCCCUUCCUCACCAUCGUCGGCCCUCCCCGCCUCUGCAUCCUCUAUACAGCAGCCUCUCGCCUCAGCACUCGCCAAAGCAACUUCCUCGUCUCUAACAUUCGCAAUGUCUUCUUCUCCUGUUGCAUCGUCCUCCUUGCGUACCGUAUUCGGUACUUGGAACACCAAUACUACCUCCUCCCAGGAGAACAUCGACUUGGAAGCUCAAACCAUCUCGGGAACGCGUCUUCCCCUCCCCGCUACUAUCGUUGCUCCUACGCCAGUCCUGGCACGCACUUCACGCGACCAAGAGGGCACCGACCCCAUCGAUGACUUCUUCGGAGUCACUCGCACUCGAGGCACUUCAGACAGUCGCCAUGAUACACCUGCACUACCUUCCAUGGUGGAACAAGAUGUCGAAUCUCUUCCACCUCCCCCUUACGCAGAUUGUCGGGACUUGCCAUCCUACACUGCAGUUGCCGAACCUCCCACUCUCGCUAUGUACCUCUUCAAGUUUGGAUUCUUGUUCCCACUCUUCUGGCUCGCCGGAAUCGUCAUCCUCUUCUCCCCUCUCAGUGCGCCCGAGAACUGGGAACCCACAAAAACAGAGACUGAGAGGGUUGAAUUGAUCGAGUUGUUGAGGCGUACGGAGAGGAAGUGGGCUAAGAGGUGCUUGAUUGCUUUCAGCAUCCUCUCCAUCAUUGUCAUCGCUAUCACUUUGAUCGCUGCCCUCGUCAUGAGGUCGUAACGACCUUUCACCCAACUUCAUUUUCCAAUACUAUUCUCGAAUCACUCAACACUCCUCGUUUAUCGCCAAACUCGAAAAAUGGCUACCUUCAAGCUAUCGAUCAACUCGCUACGCGCUUCAAGCACUUCCUCCGCUUUCGCCAUGAACCGUCGCAUUCAAGUCACUCGCUCUCCCCGUUGCUUUACUCUUCCACCAUCGCUGAGCUUGCUCGCCAUUCAAUACUAUCAUUAUAUUAUCACACUUAUUCUCGUUAUUUCUCUUUCGCUUUUGGAUUCUCUGUAUUCUCCUCUGUAUCAUCUAGUCAUUUUUUGCUCUC